AUGGGCGACUUGACCAUCAAUCACGACCUCACAGUCCUGCUCAACGGCCAAAUCUACCAAUCACCAAGCAACAACACCCACGGCCCAACCUUUGCCUCAUGCAUGGUCAUUCAAAACGGCACAAUCCAGCACAUCGGCUCCGAACAAGAUGAGGCAGUAACUACCGCCAAAGAAUCCGGCGCCGCCAUCAAAGAUCUCAACGGCCAAAAGGUCCUCCCUGGCUUCAUUGACGGCCACUUACACCUUCUUCUCGUCGGCCAGUCCCUCACCAAAGUGAGCCUUGACGCAUGCAAGAACCUGGAUGAUAUUCGGUCAGAGAUCAAAAAGUACGCCGAGUCCCAUCCCGAUGUCUCUCGCAUCUUUUGUCGAGGAUGGAUGCAUUCCAUGACGCCGGAGGGAGUGGAUGCCACACUCUUGGACGACAUUGAUCCACGGCCCAUCUUUGUAGAUACCAAGGAUUUACAUUCUACGUGGUGCAAUUCGCUGGGGCUCAAGGAGAUUCGGGAGGUCAUGGAUCUUAAAGAUGAUGCGCCUGAUCCUGCUGGCGGGACUAUCCAGCGUGGCAAGGAUGGCAAACCGAACGGUGUGUUCAAUGAAGGGGCAGUGUUUCAAAUCAUUUGGCCGUUUGUAGCGCGGGUAGCGAGUAUGACGGAAAAGAAGGAGGCUAUUCAAUCUGCCUUCAAGGCGUUUAAUGCAGUAGGAUACACGGGCAUGAUUGACAUGGCCAUGGAUGAGACUAUUUGGGAGCCCUUGGUGGAGUUGAGGAACGACACAGGUGGCUUACAAGGCAUGCGAGUAGCAGCAUAUUGGCUUAUGAAGCCGAAUGAAUCACUGGAGGAUGUCCUCGCGCAGGUUGAUCGCGCUGCCGAGCUGGCGAAGCAGUACAAUGCGGAAACGACGCCGGAUUGUCGCAUCGUGGGCGUCAAGGUCAUUACCGACGGAAUCAUUGAUGCGUGCACUGCAUCACUGACAGAACCGUACUGUAACGGCGAGAACCCCGACUCCCUGUGGCCAGAAAGCGUCCUCCAUCAGCUCGUUGCACGAGCCCAUGCCGCAGGACUACAAGUCGCUCUCCACGCCAUCGGCGACCGAACAAUCCAAAUGGCAAUCGACGCGCUAGAAAAGAACACCGACAAAUCACGACGUCCCCGCAUCGAACAUCUCGAACUCGCAUCCGCCAGAGACGCCGCACGGCUCGGAAAACUUGGCAUCACCGCAUCCAUCCAGCCCGUUCACUCUGAUCCAGCCAUUCUUCGCGCGUGGCCCCGUCUAAUCGGCCACGACCGAUGCAAAAGAGCUUUUGCCUAUCGCGAGUUCUUAGAUGGCGGUGCUCCUCUGGCGCUGGGAUCUGAUGCCCCCACUGCUCCUCAUGAGCCCUUGCCAAACUUAUACGUGGCUACUACGCGGCGCUCAUAUCGCGAGCCGGAGUUGGAAACAGUGAUUAAUCCGGAGUUUGCGCUGACGGUGUGUCAGGCCAUUGCUGGUGCUACGCAUGGGUCUGCGUAUUCUAGUUUCUCGGAUCAGUGGACGGGAAGCUUGAAGGCUGGGUUGAAGGCGGAUUUUGUGGUGUGUGAUGUUGAUUUGACGCCGGCGAAUCUUGUGAAAGGUGUGGUGAGGGAGACGUGGUUUGAGGGCAAACAGGUGUACCAAGCUAGUUAG